AUGUGGACUCUUGAGGACAAGCGCUCGGCCGCUCAGAACUCGGAACCCGAUCCUGCUCGGAUACCGUUGCUGGAACAAAGGGCCUCCGGGGUCCCAAGAUGGAACCCUCCCGUGGAGCCAACCCCGCCGCCAUCUCCUCACUCUCCUCGUCCUCCUCCUUAUGAACCGCCUUUGUCUGGAGCAAGAUUUCAGGCACCUCCGCCGCCUCCGGUAUUCCAUGCUCCUCCUCAGGCCUACUACGCAGGCCCCCGCGUUAUUCACACCACUGUGUUCACCGGGGUGCCUAUGGUGGUGUCUUCCAAGCCCAUCCACUACGCGUGUCCGUACUGCGGGAACUACAUUGUCACGGUGACCACCCCGGUCCCGGGGAUCCUCAGCUGGCUGCUGUGCACAGGCCUCUUCCUGUUUGGGUGUGUCCUGGGCUGCUGUCUCCUCCCCUGCUGCAUGUCCAGUUUAAUGGACGUGAGUCACUCGUGUCCCGUGUGCGGGCAGGAACUCUUCCGCUUCCACCGCCUGUGA